CGAAGAAAUGAGGGACUUGUAUGAGCUUACCGAAGAGAAACUUCCAGGUGGCCCGCCAUUGGUGAAGACAUUACCAUCAGAGGAAGAGUUUUCGUUCUGCUAUGGAUUAGAUAUAGUGGGGAAGCUGAAGGAGUUAGAGCUUGACGCCAAAUUAAGGGAACUGUUUUCUGGUGGAUUUAAGGAAAUAGCAGACAUUCAGAAAGUUUACCAUUGGGUAUUUGAUGUGUUUCCAGAGCCGUCGAAUCUCAACAGGUGGCGAGAUGAUGUUCUGUUUGGAAUGCAACGUCUGAUGGGUGUAAAUAGCAAUGUUAUUUCCUUGUGUACAAAGAUACCAGAAAAGCUUAAAGUCAGUGGCGAGAUGCUACGGCUGUUUCUUGAAAAUCUGUCACUCUCGGAGGCCCUAAAGAGAAAAAGAAUUUUCAUAAUCGAUUAUGAAAUAUUACAGAACCUACCAACAAAAGCUGGAUACGUGAUGAGCACUCCCAUAGCGUUGUUUUUCCAACGUAAUGAUGGUAAAAUAGUGCCAAUCGCCAUUCAGCUUUUCCAGAAAUCGGGCAUUACUAAUCCUGUUUUUCUUCCAAGUGAUCCCGAAAACACAUGGAUUCUAGCCAAGAUGUGGUUCAAUGUAGCGGAUGCAAAUUAUCAUCAGUCCGUUACACAUCUUGGCCUCACUCACUUGAAGAUGGAAGGCGUUGUCGCUUCUACACACAGGCAGAUACACAAAUGUCACCCAGUGUACAAAUUGCUAAUGCCACACUUCAUCUAUCUUUUGGCAAUCAAUUCAACUGGCCUUCCACUAUUGCUAGAUCAGGGCGGUUAUGGAGACAAACUCCUUACACUUGGCAGCGACGGAAUGAAAGCGCUAAUAGUUCGAAAACAUAAGAUGUGGAGAAUGGACGUUGAAGGUACCGUACCAGCUGACCUGAAAAGAAGGGGCGUCGACGAUCAGAAACUACUUCCCCAUUAUUACUACAGGGACGAUGCCUUAGAUCUCUACAACGCUGUUCUGUUGUAUGUUCGGAAAUAUCUUGAUCUAUACUACGCCUCGGACAACGACGUUAGAGAUGACAGCGAACUACAGAAUUGGAGAAAAGAGCUCACUGAUCCAGUAAGCGAACAGGGUCUCGACAUGAAGGGAGUGUUUGGAGAAAAUAGCAAGUUUAGCAGCAAGGAGCAGGUAUGCCUUACUUUGACAAGCAUUAUCUUCACAUGUAGUGCUCAACAUGCUGCCGCUAACUUCCGACAGUAUGAGGAGUACGCCUAUCCACCAAAUCUUCCGCUAAGUCUUCGUGGAAGUCCGCCAAAAAGUAAAUGUGCUUUAGACGAGGAAGACUUGGUCCAGAGCCUACCAGAUAAAACGACAACAUACGACACCAUGGUCAUUACUAAUGUCCUUAGUACAAGAGCAAUGAACAAGCUAGGUGAUUUCGAGGUCAAGUACAUAACUGAUGAAAAGGCGCUGAAGGUAGUUGAUGAAUUCCGAGCAAACCUUGCACGAAUUGCCAAAGAAAAUAGAGAAAAGAACAAGACAAGAUUAGAAAGAUACACCUGUUUGAAUCCUAAUCUUGUACCUAACUCAAUAAGUAUAUGAUUGUAAUGGAAUAGUUAGAUAAAUACAUCGCCGAUACAACUAUAUAAAGGAUUAUUCAAUGCAUCAAAACAUUUGUUAUCGCAGUGGAGUGUCUAAAACACCCUAGCACAACUUCAAAAUUUCUUAAUGAUGGUUUUACAACAUAAAGAUUUGCUUAUUUUACUUUUAUUACAGAGAUAGCUUUUUUGAACAAUUCUAGUGUAUUUGCUGAGUGGAAAUG